GGAAAGCGUAGUGAGCAGGGAAUGAAGAAGAGGUUUAGGUAUAAGCUGUGUGUGGUAAAAGGAUGCUACAAUAAGAUCAGAAAUAUACGUCGUCAUGUUUACGAGCAGCACUUGCCUGUGGAGCUUCAAGUUCAAUAUAUCACUAAAGGGACCUUUGCAGAGCGUAGGAGGGCUGAUCUGGUGUAUUUGGCCAGGAGACUGGUCGGUACAGAUCAGCUAGAAACUCUGUUCAACAGCGUGGUUAGGGAAAAUGCUGUUCAUCAUGAGGCUGAAGUGAUGGCAGGUGACGUGAGUUGGCUCCAUCGGAUAUGUGAGAUGGACGGACUGCCAAGGGUGGAUCGAUUUGUACUGCAUCCUAUCAAUAGCCAGGCCUUAUUGUACCAUUGGAGAGUUUUAGCAGGUCUGAUCUCAAAACUGACCGAAGAAGAGGGUCAGAUGUUCCAGGAUGGAAGGGCGAGGUUGUUGGUUACACGGUCGGAGGCAAGGGAUAGGAGCAGGACAGAAAGGCCCGUGGACAGGCGUGGAGCUGAUCAUACACAAGGUAGACAAGCAGUGUCUGGUCAUCGAGAGCAGACAGGUCAAGCAGUCAGGCAAGUUGAUCAGCAGGAUCACAUAGAUCAGCCAGUCGUGGCUCCACCGUCAGCUGACAAUACACAAGAUAGACCAGCAACUGCUGGUCUGGUCAGUCAAACUUGCAUAGCAGCCUUUGAUUCCCAUUUCCAUCUGGAUCGAUGUUCAAGGAGGGUGGGGCGUGAGAUGUCACUUCCAGAUUUGCUGGCAUUGGACGUGGGGGCACAACCAACAUCAGGAAUUGUGUGCGGUGGAGGGGUGUCGGUUCACUGCGACCCAAAAUAUCUUCCAGUGAGAAUUCCACGGGAGAAUUCAGUCGUGCUAGCCGUGGGAGUGCAUCCGUCGCACGCUAAUGAGUAUUCAACUCAUGUCUACAAUACUCUCAAAGAGUUACUGAGGGAUCCGGUGGUACGUGCUCUAGGGGAGAUUGGCCUUGACUUUUCAUUACCGCCCGAUUCUUGGGAUCUGCAGGAAAGGGUUUUUACAGAUUUGUUGGGUUUAGCCAUGAAUUGUCGACCGAUUGUCCUUCACGUAAGAGGGCGCACUCAUGAGGACGGCGGGGAAGUUUAUCACCGAGCGUUACAGAUUUUAAAGGCAAAUGUAUCCCCAGUGCAGCGAAUUCAUCUGCAUUGCUUCACAGGGACCGUUGAGGAGGUUAUGAGUUGGAGCAGCACCUUCCAGCACUGUUACUUUGGUAUCACCAACCAGGUUGCUCGUUUCAACCGGUACCAGCAAGCUGCUCUCCGACGAAUCCCUUUAAAUCGGCUCUUGGUCGAGACAGAUUCACCCUAUUUCGAGCCAGUUGGAGCUCGUAUGAAUACCCCAGCUUUCAUUGGUGACACAGUGCGAUCUAUUUCAGGACUCUUGGGGGUAGAGAUUGGUCAGCUGGUGCAGCAUACCAACUCUAACAUGUUGCAACUCUAUGAGUGGUAAAGGAAUUUAGGAUUUCAGCUGGUCCAACUUGCACCAGCAUUACCAAUGUCCUUUUCAAUUUUAAAUUCUACAUAUUUAUAAUGUUAUGAAAGGUGUAAAAUAUCAGAUACACUGAUAAUAUGGUCCAUGGAUGUCAGGAAGUUCAUGUGCUAUAUAAAAUCUAGGCACAGAGUGUUAUAUGGUCCCUAAAUGUGUAACAUAUCAGGUACACUGAUAGCUUGGUCACCAGACGUCAUAGCUUGGUCACCAGACGUCAUGAAGUUCGUUGGUACUGAACUGUGAUAGUAAACUCAUUUUGGUCAAUGUCCUUUUUAAGACGGGGAGGAAUGUGGUAAUAAUUGGGUACGAUUAUUAUUGGGUACGGACUGGAGGGCGGAUAUCCGGGAAUGAGCAUGCGCAGAAGGCAGAUCCUGUUACUUCCCCGAAGCUAGAAAAUUCUAUUCUAUCACCCGAUAGCUAAUCUGGUGAAAUCCUGCUGAUAAGCAUCAGUUGUGGGCACAGAUUUGACUGUGGAUGAUUGCGAAGAACACUCAUAUCACAUUCGACUCGGUAAGUUUACAACAA